ACAGAAGAGGAACAACUCUGAUCAAGCUUUUCCGGUCUGCUAGCCCUAAUUUCCUCUCAAGACCUCUCCGGCGGUGGAGCGGAGCAGACGCGGAGGCACUGAGAGGGAGAAAGUGGGGAAUAUUACCGCGUAUUCUACCGCCACAAGCCCGCGCCUCUACGGUUCCUCCCGAGUAGUAUAACGUACCCUGUCCUCGGUGAAUUGUGCCCGGGAAGGAGGAGUGUGUGAGGGGGGAACAGAGCAGAAUGGUUCGGCGGACAGGAGCGCAGUCGCUCCGUCUCCGUGAAGCCGCCACAGAGCGCCCUCCGAUGCCCGUCCACCUGGAGUAUUUUUAGGUGAGACUCCUCUUGCUAGCCCCAGCAGUGGGUUUGAAUCCGGUUUGUGGUGGGUGUUCUGUCGUGGACUGAAGGCUCAGCACCUAAGGGGUUGAAACCUGAGUCCAGCGGUGAUGAGAGCUCACUCCGAGAGGGUUUCAGUGGUGUGCUGCCAGAAGCAUCUGGAAAGGAUAACACUGGGAUACACUCCCCCUCCAAAGGACCAGAGGAUCAUUCACAUCCCAGACAUUUUCGAGUACAGCUCUAAGUGUCUUUCAGCUUGUGUUUCAUUACUACAUUUAAAACCUCUGCCACAGGUUUAAAUUAAUUAAAUAAUCCGGAGGGUCCCUCGGAGCUAUGCAGUGAAGAUGUGUGCAGCCAGGUUCAAUGGCUGUGCCGAGGAGGCCUCCGGUCCGGUCACAGCCUCCAGGAUGCUGGACUGGACAGAGGCCGGGCCCCGCAUCCUCCACAGCCUGGAGAUGGGGACAGUGAUGACUGUCUUCUACCAGAAGAAGUCCCAGAAGCCAGAGAGGAGAACCUUCCAGAUAAAGCAGGACAUGCGACAGAUAGUGUGGAGCAGAAACCCCGACAAAAUAGAAGGAGAGGUCGACAUACGAGAGAUCCGGGAGCUGCGGCUGGGGAAGGGCUCCCGUGAUUUCGAGCGCUACCCGGAGGAGGCCCGAAAACUGGAUGCCGCCCACUGCUUCAUCGUGCUCUACGGACAGGAGUUUCGCCUCAGGACGCUCAGUGUGGCCGCCUUCAGUGAGGAGGAGGUCAACAUGUGGAUCACCGGCCUCAACUGGCUGAUGAUGGACACUCAGAGAGCGCCCGCUCCGCAGCAGACAGACAGGUGGCUGAGGAAGCAGUUUGAAGCCAUGGACAGGAGCCACGAGGGCAGCAUCACAGUGAAGGAUGUGAAAGCGCUGCUUCCUCAGAUCAACUACAGAGUCCCUAACACGCGCUUUCUCAAAGACAAACUGCAGGAAGUGGAGGCCAGGAGCGAAUUGUCCUACCCUAACUUCUCCCAGCUCUACAGGACGCUCAUGUUCGACGCACAGAAGAGCAUUAUUGAGCAGCUGGAGCUCUCCUUCCCACUGCGGAAUGUGGACAGACCGGAGCUUUGUCAGAUGUCCCUCUACGACUUCCAGAAGUUCUUACAGAUGGAUCAGAAGGAGUCCUGGGCUUCAGAUCUGAGUCGUGUCCGAGAGUUCCUCACGGGGUACAUGAGGGGGGGGCCGCAGCCGGAGCCCAUGCUACAGCUCGAUGAGUUCCUGACGUUCCUGUUCUCUAAAGAGAAUUCUGUGUGUGACCCUCAACUGUCUCCUGUCGUUGCUGAUGACAUGAAAAGGCCGCUGUCUCAGUACUGGAUCUCCUCCUCUCACAACACCUACCUGACAGGUGAUCAGUUUUCCAGUGAAUCGUCUCUGGAAGCGUACGCCCGCUGCCUCAGGAUGGGCUGCCGCUGCAUUGAACUGGACUGCUGGGACGGACCUGACGACCUGCCAAUCAUCUACCACGGCCACACGUUAACCUCCAAGAUCAAGUUCCUGGAUGUGCUGCACACCAUCAAAGAGCACGCCUUCGUCACAUCUGAGUAUCCUGUGAUCUUGUCCAUCGAGGACCACUGCAGCGUGGUGCAGCAGAGGAACAUGGCCACACACUUCAAGAAGGUGUUCGGAGAUCUGCUGCUCACCAAGCCUGUAGAUAACGGUGCAGAGGAGCUCCCCUCCCCCCACCAGCUCCGCAGGAAGAUCCUCAUCAAGCACAAGAAGCUGGUGGAAGGCACGCUGUACGAAGAGGUGACUUCAGCCAGCUACUCAGAAAACGACAUCAGCAACUCUCUGAAGAACGGCAUCCUCUACCUGGAAGACCCCAUCGACCACACGUGGACCCCGCACUAUUUUGUCCUGACCAGUAAUAAGAUUUACUAUUCAGAGGAGACGUCUCACUACCAGACGACUGAUGAAGAGGAGGACGACGAAGCGAAAGAGGAGUGUAACAACAACGAGCAGCACUGUGCCGAGCGCUGGUUCCACGGGAAGCUGGGCGGAGGUCGUGAUGGGCGACAGGUGGCCGAGAAGCUCCUGCAGGAGUACUGGAGGGGGGGGGCCAAGGACGGAACCUUCCUGGUGCGGGAGAGUGAGACGUUUGUGGGAGACUACACCCUCUCCUUCUGGCGCUCUGGUCGGGUCCAGCACUGCAGGAUCCACUCCCGUCAGGAGUCGGGCUCCACUCGAUUCUACCUUACCGACAACCUGGUGUUCGACAGCCUGUACCGCCUCAUCUGCCACUACAGAGACACGCCUCUGCGCUGCAACGAGUUUGAGAUGCGGCUGCUCAGCCCCGUCCCUCAGCCCAACGCGCACGAGAGCAGAGAGUGGUUCCACUCCAGUCUGUCGCGUGUUCAGGCUGAACACAUGCUGAUGCGUGUCCCCAGAGACGGAGCUUUCUUAGUGCGGAAACGCAGCGAAAACAGCUCCUAUGCCAUCUCCUUCAGGGCGGAGGGGAAGAUCAAGCACUGCCGUAUUCAGCAGGAAGGACGCCUCUUCAUGUUGGGCAGCUCUGCAGAGUUCGAGAGUCUCGUGGACCUGGUGAGCUACUACGAGAAGCAUCCUCUGUACCGCAAGAUGAGGCUCCGCUACCCCAUCAACGAGGACACUCUGGACCGCAUGGGCACCGCGGAGCUCGACUACGGGGCGCUGUAUGAGGUCCGCACCCCUCAUUUCUACGUGGAGGCCAAUAAGAUGCCCACUGCUCGGUGCACGGUCAAAGCUCUGUACGACUAUCGAGCUCAGAGGGAGGACGAGCUCUGCUUCCCCAAACAGGCGCUCAUCGUCAGUGUGGAGAAGCAGGAUGGCGGCUGGUGGCGAGGCGACUACGGAGGGAAGAAACAGCUGUGGUUUCCUGCAAACUACGUGGAGGAGGUCCCCAGCUCCCCCUCCAGAGAGCCGGACCAAGUGUCCACAGAGAACAGUCCUCUCGGGACGUUUCUUAAGGGCUUCAUUGAUGUUCCCACCUGCCAUGUCGUGGUGCUUAAGGACGGGAAGAACUCUCGCCCCCAUGUGAUCACCAUCCAGUCCCAGCAGCCGUCCUCUCUUCCGGUGCAGACCCUGGACGUGGCGGCCGAUUCUCUGGAGGACCUGACGGGCUGGGUGUCCCGGAUCAGAGAGGCCACGCAGAACGCUGACGCACGGAUGCAGGAGGAGAAGCAGAUGGAGAGGAGGAAGAAGAUCGCGGUGGAGCUGUCAGAGCUGGUGGUCUACUGCAGACCCGUCCCCUUCAACGAGGACAAGAUCGGGACAGAGAGGGCGUGUUACCGGGACAUGUCCUCCUUCCCGGAGACGAAGGCGGAGAAGUUUGCGACCCGCAGCAAAGGGAAGCGCUUCCUGCAGUACAACCGCCGGCAGCUUUCCAGAGUCUACCCCCGAGGACAGAGGCUGGACUCGUCCAACUACGACCCGCUGCCCAUGUGGCUCUGCGGCUCCCAGCUGGUGGCUCUCAACUUCCAGACCCCAGAUAAACCCAUGCAGCUGAACCAGUCCCUGUUCAUGCUGGGAGGGAGCAGCGGCUUCGUUCUUCAGCCCGAAGUUAUGAGCGACGACGCCUUCGACCCUUUCGACAAGGACACCCUACAUGUGGAGCCAAUCACCAUCCAGUUACAGGUGCUCGGAGCCCGUCACCUGCCUAAAAAUGGCCGCAGCAUCGUCUGUCCCUUCGUGGAGGUGGAGAUCUGUGGAGCAGAACACGACAGCUGUAAAUGCAAGACGGACGUCGUGGCUGAUAACGGGUUGAACCCUGUGUGGGUGCAGAGGCAGUUUGUGUUCGACAUCCACAACCCCAGCUUCUCCUUUCUGCGCUUCACUGUCUACGAGGAGGACAUGUUCAGCGAUCCUAACUUCCUGGCACAGGCCACCUUCCCUGUCCGUCUGCUACGCACAGGCUACAGGAGCAUCCCCCUGAAGAACAGCUACAGUGAAGAGCUGGAGCUGGCUUCUCUUCUGGUCCACAUAGAGAUCGUCAAUGCAAAGGAGGAGGACGAUGAGAACCUGUACAUGUCCAUCCAGCGGCUGCGGGAUCGAACCAGCGAGCUGUCCACCCAGGUGUCCCUCCUGGAGAGGUCGGGGUCCGGGGACCUGGGCUACCAGCAGAGCCUGGAGGAGCUCAGAGCGGCUCAGGACCAGCUGAGCCAGCUGGUGGAGGCCCGGAACCGCAGGCUGAUGGAGAAGAAGAGGAGGGAGAAGCUCAGGCAACAGUGAGAACGACAGGACCGCAGGGAGAAGGAAACUCAGGUUACAGGUAUGUGGAAGAAAAAGCAAAGGCAGCAAACAAGUUAUUAUCAUGUAUGUGCCUUCGAUGUUGCCAAUGUAAUUACUACUCUUAAAAACAGUAAAUAAAUACUUUCUCUACAACUGGAAUAUUGGCCCUUAAAGGGAAAACGACUCACAAACGAGGAGGAAUCCAUUCGCUUCACUCGGACCACUUCUCAUGAAAUGGGUUUAAAGGGCUUUAAGACUGAAGUCUGCUCUGGUUUUUUUUGGGGAGAUCAUAUGAAGCCAUGUGGCGAGUGGCUUCUGAGCACAAAGUGGACAAACAAAUCCUCGCCAAGCCUCACAGAAGUCCUUUCUCAAGUUGCAGUUUUGCACCUCGAUCGAGAAGCUCUUCAAAGGGCUCUAAAUAAAUCUAUACUACCUUAAAAGGGGCAUGAGGAUUCCCGAAGGGGGAGACAAUAUUCCUCACAGCACCCCCUGGAUGUCACCUGCACAGGGCUAUCACAUUAAAACUAGAAUUGUUUCCCCUAGCCACCCAUCAGAACCAGGAUCCGUUCAUAUCAUCGGGCUCUUAUCAACAGAUGUGUCAUACCUGGUCCUGGAUCUGCCAAAAAACUGCUUCAAAAUGACCCCCUGCAUGGCUUCGACCUAAUAACGCCCCUUCCUACUUGUAGCCACUUCUCCUUCCCAUCAUCCUCUUUUCUUAUUGUAUAUAACUGCUUUUAUUUAUCAAACCGAUGUUUUAAUGGAUGACAAAUCAUUGAACAUAUACUGUAAUGUUGUGUAGAAUAUAUCAUAUAUUGUUCACACAAACCUCUCUUUUCCUGCAGUUGCACUGUGUUGGGACUUCUAUUCAAAGAUCUUCUUCGAUUUGACUCCUGUUGUGUUCCCUUCUGUAUCUAUGCUAACUGUCCAGUAUUAUUACUCUGCAUUACAAACCCUGUCCAAGUUUCACUUUAUAAAAGUUCCUUCAUACU